CUGGAGGAAGGUCGUAAGCAUGAAACGCAGUUCAGUCUCCACCGGUGGUGCUGGCCGCCUCUCUAUGCAAGAGUUAAGAUCCCUGGACAUUAAUAAACCAGGCCUUUAUACUCCUCAAACCAAAGAAAAACCAAGCUUUGGCAAGUUGAGUAUAAACAAACCUACAUCUGAAAGAAAAGUCUCUGUGUUCGGUAAAAGAACCAGUGGACAUGGAUCCCGGAAUAGUCAACUAGGUAUAUUUUCCAGUUCAGAAAAAAUCAAGGAUCCACGACCACUUAAUGACAAAGCGUUCGUUCAGCAGUGUAUUCGACAACUCUGCGAGUUUCUUACAGAAAAUGGUUAUGCAUACAGUGUAUCUAUGAAAGCGCCAUCUGUCAAAGACUUUAUGAAGAUCUUCACCUUUCUGUAUGGUUUCCUGUGUCCUUCGUAUGAGCUUCCAGACACAAAAUUUGAAGAAGAGGUGCCGAGAAUUUUUAAAGACCUUGGGUAUCCUUUUGCUCUGUCCAAAAGCUCCAUGUACACCGUGGGAGCCCCUCACACCUGGCCACAUAUUGUGGCAGCCUUGGUUUGGCUAAUAGACUGCAUCAAGAUACAUAAUGCCAUGAGAGAAAGCUCACCUUUAUUUGAUGAUGGACAACCUUGGGUAGAAGAAACUGAAGAUGGAAUUAUGCAUAAUAAGUUGUUUUUGGACUAUACCAUUAAGUGCUACGAGACCUUUAUGACUGGUGUCGACACCUUUGAGGAGAUGAAUGUGGAGCUGCAGUCCAAGCUGAGGGAUUUAUAUAAUGUGGAUGCGUCCAAGCUGGAAUCAUUAGCUGCAAAAAACAAAGCGCUGAAUGAGCAGAUCGCAUGACUGGAGCAGGAAAGGGAAAAGGAACCGAAUCGUCUAGAGUCAUUGAGGAAACUGAAAACUUCCUUACAAGCAGAUGUUCAAAAAUAUCAGUCGUACAUGAGCAAUUUGGAGUCUCAUUCAGCUAUUCUUGACCAGAAACUGAGUGGUCUCGAUGAAGAAAUUUCUAGAGUAGAAAUAGAAUGUGAAACCAUAAAGCAGGAGAAUACUCGGCUACAGAAUAUUAACAUCAUUACAACCAUAAAGAAAAAGGAAUAUAAUUUCUUAGACCAGAGGAAAAUGGAUUUUGACCAGGAUUAUGAAGAAUUUUGCAAGCAGACAAAUGACCUUCAGAUUCCUAAAGUUGAUAGAGAGUAUGAAGAAUGCAUGUCUGAAGAUCUUUUGGAAAACAUUAGAGAGAUUGCAGAAAAAUAUAAGAAGAAUGCUGUGCUCAUUAAGGCUUCUGAUGAAUGA